AUGCGCAGUGCGGUACUUCUCCUGGUCGGCGCCCUCUGGGUGGGACUCUCGGACUCGGCACCUCGACCACAGCUUCAACAGGGGGACGACGUGUUUGUCACUGUGGAGACGGGUGGCCUCAGGGGCGUUGUGUCGACGUCGCUCAACGGCACGCUCUACAGCAAGUUCGUCGGCAUCCCCUUCGCCACCCCGCCGCUCGGUGACCUCCACUUCAGGGCACCAACGCCACCGUCCAGUUGGACUGGAACGCGGGACGCGCUGACCUACGGUUCGAGGUGUCCUCAGAAAGGUCGUGGCUCUGAGGACUGCCUGUACGUCAACGUGUACAUGCCCCUGGUGAACGACAGCUCUCCACUGGCCGUGAUGGUCAACAUCCACGGUGGCGGCUACACGACGGGUUCCUCUAGAUUUAGAAGGCCUGAUUUCUUGAUGGACGGUUCCAUUGGCAAGUGCUUCCAUGGCAGUGAUUAA